AUGGGCGGCUUUGAAUUUCCGCCGCUGGAUGGCGUGUCGAAUGCGCACGACGCGCGAGUUGCCGCGCAAGACUUUGUUAGCGAGUGCCACUCGCAGUGCUUGAAACGGGGGGCCCGAGCGUUGACGAAGGAGUGCACGGUUUGCUUGAGUGACUUUAACGAAAUGGAGCUGGUUCGCUCUCUGCCCUGCGCGCAUCGGUUCCACGUCAGCUGCAUCGACCACUGGCUCGCCGACAGGACCACCUGCCCCGUGUGCCGGGUAGAUCUUUCUACCGCGGCUGCAUCGGAUGUGACUCUGGUAAAAAGCGUGACAACGGAGAGGAAGGUGAAGGACGAGAUUGAUUGCCUCGCGGUCAGGAGCAAUGUCCCUGUGUGCGUAAUUAACGACGUCAAGGUGGCGCCACCGGUGCACGAUGUGACUAGGACUUGCGUCACCUUAACUGAGGUUCAGAUUGGGCGCGUCUCGCGCGCAGCGAGAUCUGCCCUAUGA